AGACCGCCCACCGCAAACCGCGGAGACCCCCGUCUAGAUUUAAAGCGCGGCUGCGCCCGGCUUCUGACGUCCAUUGAAUCGCGCGGGCGGCCGGCGGCGAGCGCCGGUCUGCGCCGGGAUCGCUGCGCCCUCCGCCGCUCUCCUCUGCGACGCGCGCCUCUGGCCCGAGCCACCCGCCGCUGCGCCCGCUCCUCGCGCCACCGCGCUCCUCGCCCCGCGCCUGCCCCCACGAUGGUGCGUCCGAGGCACCAGCCCGGCGGACUCUGCCUCCUGCUGCUGCUGCUCUGCCAGUUCAUGGAGGACCGUAGCGCCCAGGCUGGGAAUUGCUGGCUCCGCCAGGCGAAAAACGGCCGCUGCCAGGUCCUGUACAAGACAGAACUGAGCAAGGAAGAGUGCUGCAACACUGGCCGCCUGAGCACCUCGUGGACUGAGGAGGAUGUGAAUGACAACACGCUCUUCAAGUGGAUGAUUUUCAACGGCGGCGCCCCCAACUGCAUCCCUUGUAAAGAAACGUGCGAGAACGUAGACUGUGGACCCGGAAAAAAAUGCCGAAUGAACAAGAAGAAUAAACCUCGCUGCAUCUGCGCCCCGGAUUGUUCUAACAUCACCUGGAAGGGUCCAGUCUGUGGGAUGGACGGGAAAACCUACCGCAACGAAUGUGCGCUUCUCAAGGCCAGAUGUAAAGAGCAGCCGGAACUGGAAGUCCAGUAUCAGGGCAAAUGUAGAAAGACCUGUCGGGAUGUUUUCUGUCCAGGCAGCUCCACGUGUGUGGUGGACCAGACCAAUAAUGCCUACUGUGUGACAUGUAAUCGGAUUUGCCCAGAGCCUGCCUCCUCUGAGCAGUAUCUCUGUGGGAAUGAUGGAGUGACCUACUCGAGUGCCUGCCACCUGAGAAAGGCUACCUGCCUGCUGGGCAGAUCGAUUGGAUUAGCCUACGAGGGAAAGUGUAUCAAAGCAAAGUCCUGUGAAGACAUCCAUUGCACUGGUGGAAAAAAAUGCUUAUGGGAUUUCAAAGUUGGCAGAGGCCGGUGUGCCCUCUGUGAUGAGCUGUGCCCUGAGAGUAAGUCUGAUGAGCCUGUCUGUGCCAGUGAUAAUGCUACUUAUGCCAGUGAGUGUGCCAUGAAGGAGGCUGCCUGUUCCUCGGGUGUGCUGCUGGAAGUAAAGCACACCGGAUCUUGCAACUCCAUUUCGGAAGACACCGACGAAGAGGAAGAAGAUGAAGACCAGGACUACAGCUUUCCUAUAUCUUCCAUUCUAGAGUGGUAAACCCUCCAUCAGUGUUCAAUGUUGACACAGCCUUUGGGCUAAAAAAAAAAAAAAGAAAGAAAGAAAGAAAAAAUAUAUUGUCCAUACUGUAAAUAAGUGUAUGCUUAUUUAU